UGGGUUCUCCCGUCGCCCUAUUGGAAUCAAGUUUAGCGUUGCCACACUUUUCCCUUCGUCGUUUGCUUUGUGUGUGCGUGCCAGCGCAUGCGCAGAAAGGCUAGGGACGAAGCCUGGUCUGAGGGAGCCAUAGAGUUAAAUAGGCCGUCCUUGUUCAGAGAGGCAGCUUGAGCAUCAUGGUGCAGCCGACAUGAUGGUUUUGCUCUUGAGAGGCAGACUCUGGACUGGAAACCAUUUGAGACAGCUCUUCAGGGGCAGGAGAGAGAGCAGAAUAUCAUAAACAUGGACAAAAACAGAAGGAUUUAUGUUCUUAAAGCUCAGAGCCUGUGAAUCUGGGUUUCUUUAAAUGCCUCCUUCAAGUUUUCUACUGUUGAAAAGCUCAUUGACCAGACUUAGCGGUUUCUCUCAAGCUCCGAGACUCUGGGGAAAGGAGCAUUUUUUAGGACCUCGGGGGCCUGGAUCUUUGCUCAUCCCAGCGAACAAGAAGAGUUCCGACAAUCUCUUUCCUCUAAAUGAAGCAGAUCUGGAAGAGCAGUUUGUACGCGGCUCUGGACCCGGAGGCCAAGCGACAAAUAAGACCAGCAAUUGUGUAGUCCUGAAGCAUCUUCCCUCAGGGAUUGUAGUCAAGUGCCACCAGACAAGAUCAGUAGAGCAGAACCGUAAGAAAGCCAGAGAGAUUCUGCAAGAAAAGGUCGAUGUUUUCUAUAAAGGUGAAACCAGUGAUGUCAUUAAGGAGAAGAAGGAGUCAGAGAAGAGAAAGCAAGAGAAGAGGAAGCGAGCAAGAGAGAACCUUGAACGUAAAAGGCAGUUGAAAGAAAUGCAGGAGUUGGAUAAAAAAUAAAAGUUUGCGUGUUGAA